AUGAAGUGUACUUUAAGAAGCUUCACGGUGGCACAAGAUAAGGCUCCAAAGCUGUUCUCUCUGCCCCUGUCUUAUUAGGCUUCACGCUUCAAAAUUAUUUUGUCUCUGCUGCUUUCUCAGAUGCCAGUUGUUUGCCUAUGAAGAAGAAGCUGAUCCAGCUGUGGAGGCAGCCGUGGCGAUGGAGAUGCUCAGUUUUAUUAUAGUGUCCCUUCUUCUUUGUGCACACAGUUCAGCUUUCACUGUGUUCAGCUCAUUUGCUGAGAAUGAAGAUGCCCUCUUGCGGCACUUAUUUCAAGGGUAUCAGAAGUGGAUCAGGCCAGUAAAACAUUCCAAUGAUACCAUAAAAGUGUACUUCGGAUUAAAGAUAUCACAGCUAGUAGAUGUGGAUGAAAAGAAUCAGUUAAUGACAACAAAUGUGUGGCUGAAACAGGAAUGGAUUGACCACAAAUUGUGCUGGAAUCCUGAGGACUAUGGUGGGAUCACUGCAAUUCGGGUCCCAUCUGAGUCACUUUGGCUCCCAGAUAUUGUGUUGUUUGAAAAUGCUGAUGGUCGCUUUGAAGGCUCAUUAAUGACUAAGGCAAUUGUCAAAUACAAUGGGAUCGUUGUCUGGACUCCUCCAGCCAGUUAUAAAAGUUCCUGCACUAUGGACGUGACCUUCUUCCCAUUUGAUAGGCAGAAUUGCUCAAUGAAGUUUGGAUCCUGGACCUAUGAUGGCCGAAUGGUUGACUUAAUCCUGGUAGAUGAAAAUGUGGACCGGACGGAUUUCUUUGACAAUGGGGAAUGGGAAAUUCUAAAUGCCAAGGGUAUGAAGGGAAACAGAAAAGAUGGGUUGUAUUCCUACCCUUUCAUAACCUACUCCUUUGUUUUAAGACGACUCCCACUGUUUUACACUCUCUUCCUAAUAGUUCCUUGCCUGGGAUUGUCGUUUUUAACUGUCCUUGUUUUUUAUUUGCCUUCUGAUGAGGGAGAAAAACUAUCAUUAUCGACCUCUGUUUUGGUCUCCCUUACUGUUUUUCUCUUAGUCAUUGAAGAAAUCAUUCCCUCAUCUUCAAAAGUCAUACCUCUGAUUGGGGAGUACUUGCUGUUCAUCAUGAUUUUUGUAACCCUGUCAAUCAUCGUGACCGUUUUUGUAAUCAACGUGCACCAUCGUUCCUCAGCAACCUACCACCCAAUGGCUCCUUGGGUGAAAAGACUCUUCCUUCAGAAACUCCCUAGGCUGCUCUGCAUGAAAGGACAUGUGGAUCGUUAUUCAUUCUCCGAUCCCGAAGAAACCCUGAAACAGAAGCCAGCAAAGAAACACAAACACAAGCAAUUCAAAGAUGGAGAAAAAAUUGUGAUUGCUUUCCUGGAAAAAGCUGCUGAUUCCAUUAAGUAUAUCUCCAGGCAUGUUAAAAAGGAGCAUUUCAUCAGACAGGUAGUGCAAGACUGGAAGUUUGUGGCUCAGGUCCUGGACCGGAUCUUCUUGUGGCUGUUCUUGGUGGUGUCAGUGAUGGGUUCUGUUCUUAUAUUUACCCCAGCUUUAAAGGCAUGGCUGCACAGUGGUUUGUAGACAAAAGGCCUUUCUUAUUUGAGGAUCUGCUGCAGGAAGAAAGCAGGAGCUUGGGACUGGUGAUCAGCUAGAGCUCAUUGUGUAAAGAGUACAGAGGAUGGAUACAUAGAGGCUGGGGAAAUAAUGCUGUUGUUAGCAGCAACUGGUGUUGCUGAUAAGAGUACCACUAUCGCUAAAAUAGAGUUUUAACUCAUCAAAUUGUCCCAUGAAUGAAGAAAUCCACUUCUGUUACAUUUUAGGUGUUUAUCUGCUGACUUGGAUGCAAUAGGCCAAGAAGUGGCAAGCUUUUCUUAAGCACUUUUUUGUGAGAAGGACUGGAGAUCCUAGGGAGGGGGAGUGACAAUUAAACUAAUUUGUCUGUGGUGUAGAUAUGCCCUAUUUCAAGGGUCCUCA